AUGAUUAUGGACGCAUUGGACACUUUGACUACAGGUGCUGAGUUGGGACUUAGUUUGUGCUACGAUAUACCGUCGGAGGCUCAUACCAGGCAUAUUUCCGAGGCACUGGAUGAGGGAUUAAAUACGCCUGUUACUAAAUACUCAGAUUCCACAUUCUUUGGACCAGACACAUUGGAGCCUCCACCAAUUACCGCCACUGCAAACAUCAUUGCUUCAAUAAACAUCCCAGAACACUCUGGCGAUGGGAAUCAGACAUCAAGAGUGCAUGCCAUGCAGGCAGGUGGCAAUACAACACAUACCAUUACCUAUACAGGAACCCUAGUCACCACUGCUGUAACACCUAGUGCCACUCAGCCGGAUAUGAACCAGCCCAAUUUAGCAUCACUCUUCACUCCGCUGUCGCCACUGUUCACCGCAUUUUUGUCUCAAGCUACAUCACAGGCUCCAUAUUCAACCCAAGUAUCCCAUCAUUUUGGUUCCUCAAAUUUAUCGCAGCAGUGUGAAUUCAUAGGAAUACCCCCAACUUCGGUUGAACAGAGUCUGCUUCACACAUCCUCAUCACCAGUAUCAAUACAGUCUCUGCAGUCACAAGGACCAAUAACGCCAUCAGACUCAGCAUGCCACCACGAUGUGUCAGAUCCCUAUUCAUCAGACUUUAACUCUCCAAUCAGCUCUGCUCAUUCCACACCAGAACCACAGCUGUCUAUGAUCACAGAAGUUCAAGAUGAAGGCAUCAGCUUUCAACCACCACCUCCUCCCUACUCACAAUCGUUACCAAUGACUAUUCCAAUGGAAAUGGCCGUGACUGGAAUUUCAGUGAAACAACCCCCGACAUACACAAGUACUCACACAAGGCAGGAGCAUCAAGAAAUACUUCAACAUUUUCUGAACUUUCCCUCAACUUCUCAGGCAGAAACUGUGUUCCCUCAAAUAUCAGAAUUAGUAAACAAAAACAUUAAUCUACCUGCAGAGUUUAAAUGGUCCCUAGGUCUUUCUCAAGAACAGCUACCAAAUUUUAGUGCUCUUCAAAUGGGCUCAAGCGCAACAAUGUCUUCGCAGUUUCAUAUACCAGUCAUUAAAACUGAGCCAGUUACGGAGCCAAUGGAUGAACAUAUAUUUAUGCCUUCUGACAGUGCUAGCUAUUCAGCAGGUGCCUCAGACACUGCUGGAAGUUCAGGGCUGUCAUCAGUUCUCAACCAGCCAUACCAACAAAGUAAAUUGUUACCUUUGAAGCCAAGAAAGUAUCCAAGUAGACCCAGCAAGAUCCCACUCCAUGAGCGACCGUACUCUUGUUUAGUUGAGACCUGCGACCGUAGAUUUUCAAGAAGUGAUGAACUGACAAGGCAUAUGCGAAUUCACACAGGGCAAAAGCCAUUCCCAUGUCCAAUCUGUGGACGGUCAUUCAGCCGGAGUGACCACCUUACUACCCACAAAAGAACGCACACAGGGGAAAAACCAUUUUCUUGUGACAUUUGUGGUCGAAAGUUUGCUCGCAGUGAUGAGAAGAAACGGCAUGCGAAAGUUCAUCUCAAACAGCGAAUCAAGAAGGAUGCUAAACUUGUAGCAGUAACAGCAACCCAGUCAGCGUCAACAUCCUCUAGCACAGCCGAUUCUCUGGACAAUAUAGUGAGCACUAUUCCUUUGGUUGUUAGCUCACCUUCAUUUGUGGACUGUCCUACAACCACAUCUGUUUAG